UCCCCCAAUCAUACGAUUCGAUGAGUCCCCAAGUCUCCUCUGGAAGCCCCAAGGGCCAAAUUCCAUGGCGAAAAGCUCCCUCCUUUUCCUCUCCACGCCUCUUUAUCUCCCACCUUCCCCUCGUCUCUCCGCCUCUUCGCCCCACUGGCCUGCCCCCUCCUCCUCCACCCAUUCGCCUCGCCGCCUCCGCGUUCUCCAGCCCUGUGAUCUCAGAGGACAUUUAAUUGUGUGGUAUAAAGUCUGUUUGUGGACUCUUUUUUAUGCAUAAGAUGCAGUGCACAUGAUUUCUACCCAUAGUGCUGCAACAUCACCAUUUCUCAUUUGGGACCAGUAAGCCUAAUGCUCAUGGACAGAGCUGAUACUUCAGGCUUUCUCGGUAGUGGCUCACAUUGCAACAACAUUGACGUGUACUUCCAUUUUGUGUACACUAUAUACUUUCUCGGCGGUGAAGUUGUUAAACUGGGGUUCUGAUUGUUCAGCAGAAGCUAUUGGCCACCGGACAGCGCUCAAGUCUUUCUCUGUCCUAAUCCUACCUUAUAUACAUUAACUGAGAUGGACCUUAAUAUGCCAAAUCUUUGGUUUCAUGGGAAGGAACAUAUGGCCGCUUCACUCUCUCAAGCUGAAACCGCUGCGGUAAAUUGCAGGAAUGAAGGCCUAGACGUAGCAUUAGUUAAAGUUGGUUGCCUUGGGAGCUCAGAAGCAGUUGAGACUUCUAGAAAGUCAUUCGAGCAGACGAACCAAAGUUUCCCUGUUCCUGAUGAUGACCGCACGCUGGUCCUAGGACUUGGACCAAUGCCAAAUCUGUAUUCUGCUGGUAGUCAAUCAUCUAGUGGGAAGAGGGUUAAAUUAUCUGCAACUUUGUUCAGCCAACAUUGUACCACAACUGAUCCUGGGUUAGUGGUGGGGACUUCAGGAGGCAGCUCAAGAAAUUUACAGUCCACAACAGUUCCUGGCCGGAAGGAGCAUCCACAUAAAAGGAAAAACUGUAUUGUCUUCCCACUUAUUGAUGAGGGGUCAACUUCGACCAAAAGGAAAUCUGGUGAUUAUGAGCUGUCACCUCUGUUUGCUCCAAGAUCAAAUCAUAUUUGUAUUGAUGGAAAAUCGCCAGAGGCUGAUGUCCAGGAACACAUUGGAACCGGAUAUGAGGCCGAUCAUGACAGGUCUCUUGAUCAGCACGAGGUUCGGCUUAGCCCCGAGCCUUCAGAAACAACUGGUUGUUCUUUUGUUGCAACUUCAGAUACAGUAGAUUGUACUGACAAUGUGGGGCAGAAAAGUCAUCAGCGCCGUCUUAAGAAGUGUAGGUUCAAUGGGUGUUCCAAGGGCGGAAGGGGUGCAUCAGGACUCUGCAUUUCCCAUGGUGGCGGUCACCGGUGCCAAAAACCAGGUUGCAAUAAAGGGGCCGAGAGCCGAACGGCGUACUGCAAAUCUCAUGGAGGAGGAAAGCGGUGCCAAGAGCUAGGCUGCACCAAAAGCGCCGAAGGGAAGACAGAGUUCUGCAUUGCUCACGGCGGUGGGCACCGGUGUGGGGUUCAGGAGUGCUCCAAAGCAGCACGGGGAAGAUCAGGAUUUUGCAUAAAACACGGUGGAGGGAAGAGGUGCAUGAUGGAGGGCUGCACCAGGAGUGCCGAAGGAUAUCCCGGGGUGUGCAUCGCACAUGGAGGUGGUCGCCGGUGUCAGUACCCGGACUGCAGCAAGGGAGCACAGGGAGGCACCCUGUUCUGCAAGUCCCACGGUGGAGGCAAACGGUGCAUAUCUGAAGGUUGCACCAAAGGAGCCGAGGGCAGCACAUUACUAUGCAAAGGGCAUGGCGGUGGGAAGAGGUGCCUCUUCGAGGGAGCCGCGGCAUGUCCUAAGAGUGUUCAUGGCGGAACCAGCUUCUGCGUGGUGCAUGGAGGAGGCAAGAGGUGUGUGGCACCAGGGUGCACCAAGAGCGCUCGCGGUCGCACCGAUUGCUGUGUGAGGCAUGGCGGUGGCAAGCGCUGCAAAUCUGAUGGGUGCGGCAAGAGCGCGCAGGGGAGCACGGACUUCUGCAAGGCGCAUGGUGGGGGCAAGCGGUGUGCCUGGAGCGCCGGCUGUGAGAAGUUUGCCAGGGGGAGGAGCGGUCUAUGCUCUGCUCAUGGAAACUUGACGGCCUCAAAGCAGGAACUGGAAUGCGGGCAGGGCCGAAGCAUGAUCGGGCAUGGCCUCUUCAGCGGGAUCGACUCUUCUUCUUCGACGGUGGGCAGCAGCAUGGAACAUGUGAUCUCUUCUUCUCUCCCUGGCGCUUUGUCAGAUUUCUGCGGCGAGUCGUCGGAACAUGGCCAAGAAGGUGGAGGGAGCCGGAACCAGAGCUUCGGGUUCGUGGUGCCGGAGGGAAGGGUGCACGGUGGAGGGCUCAUGUCGAUGCUCCGAGGGCACCUGGGAAGCAAGAUCAACAACCCGGAAUCCUGAAAAUAAUACAUCUUCUGUGUGCACUUUGAGCAUAUUAUGAUUCUGCGCCUAGCAAUCGUAUGAUUCUUGACCGGCA